CAUGACAUUACGAUUUCAUUUGUUGUGAUUUGUGAAAAAAUAAAAUUCAAAUUAAAUUCCCGGCUCUAUUUAGAAAACAAAGAGAAAACUGAAAUAUUCUUUAAUUCAAUAUUAAAUGAAAUACAAAAAUGAAUGCGCUAAAAUUGUUUGUUCGGCGGAGAAGUCCUGCAAUCUUGUUAACUCGGCCGGUUACAACAAAGAAGAAAAUGCACGAUCCAAAUGAAGAGGAACAGCUCCCAAUAUUCCAGUACCCAGUGAGCAAAAGCACAGACAGAAGAGUGUAUGUAUGGGGUCUAGCAGAAACAGGUGCCCUUGGUGUACAUUUACCAAGAGGCAAGAAGUCUGGCAAGAAAGCUUAUAGGAACAACUUCAAAUUGGUCUGGCAUCCCAUGAGAUCCAGUUUCUGUGAGAGAUUUGAUGUAACAAAUAUAGCCUGUGGCUACGGCUUCACUGUGGCGGCUGUAAAGACCACAGAACAGCACAAAGUGUUUGGCAUGGGCAUCAAUACUGACUCACAGAUUGGAUACCAUGCCCCUAGGAUCGGACAUCCCCUAGAAAUGCUGCUCAGCCCUGCACCUAUUUAUAUUCCAUAUACUUCUUUGGAAACUAAGGUAACAGCACUAGCAGCAGGGCGAGCACAUACACUCAUAUUAACGGAUAAUGAGGGAGUUUACACACUAGGUAACAAUGCAUAUGGUCAGUGUGGGAGAAAAAUAAACCCUACUGAGGAAUAUAGAGGCAGUAUGGCCUCACACAAUAUCAAGAGGCUGGGGAAAGAGAAAAUUGUUGAUAUAUGUUGUGGACAAGACCAUAGUCUUUUCAUCACAGAGUCGGGUAAAGUGUUCGCCUGCGGCUGGGGCGCGGAUGGGCAGACGGGUCUAGGGAUGUACUCCAACCAGGGACACCCCGCGCCCGUCAAAGGGGACAUCACUAGCGAGAAGAUCGUCAAGGUGGCUUCUACCGCCGACUGUGUGCUAGCUUUAAAUGAUAACGGGGAACUCUUUGGCUGGGGUAACUCGGAAUACGGCCAAGUGCCCAUGAUGAAUAACACGCAACAAGUGAACAUGUCCUACUCACUGCUUAGCUUCACUAAGGGCUUGGGCAAGAUUGUGGACAUAGCUGCCGGUGGAUCCUUCUGUCUCAUUUGUAAUGAACAAGGAGAUGUGUUUGUAUGGGGCUUUGGUUUACUUGGACUAGGUCCGAAUGUUCAACACUCAACCAAACCAAAACAAAUACCAGCACCAUUAUUCGGAAGAAAUGAAUUCAAUCCUGAAUCCAUGAUCACAGGAGUUGCUUGUGGCAUUGGACAUCUAGCAGCGGUAACGAAUAACGGAGACCUUUACAUGUGGGGCAGGAACAGGCACGGAUGUUUAGGGCUAGGUCACGAUAAAGAUCAGCAUUUUCCAUUGAAAAUAGGUAUAGGUGCUCAUGUUUUAUCUGUUAAUUGUAGUGUUGAUCACACUGUUGCUAUGUGUAAACCUUUUACAUAGUCUGUUAGAAUUAAAAACACAAAAUUAGGGCUGUUAUGUUAUGAAAUAAUAAACUUUAGCACAAAUUAAAA